AUGUUUUCGCGAACGGUAUUCUCGAGGGUAGCCCGGCAGACAGCCCUGUCGGCGAUCCGCCCUGCCGCAGCUCCCGUCAAGCCGUCACCAUUCCUCCUCUCGGUCGCCGCCCAGCGCCGCCUCCUCUCCGAUGCCGUCCGCCAGGCCAUCGAUAAGGCCGUAGCCUCCGCCCCGGUGGUCCUCUUCAUGAAGGGAACCCCGGAGACGCCCCAGUGCGGUUUCUCGAGGGCGAGCAUCCAGGUGCUGGGCCUGCAGGGCGUGGACCCGGAAAAGUUUGCGGCCUACAACGUGCUGGAGGAUCCAGAACUGAGGCAAGGCAUCAAGGAGUACUCGGACUGGCCGACCAUCCCCCAGCUCUACAUCGACAAGGAGUUUGUCGGCGGCUGCGACAUCAUCGUGUCGAUGCACCAGAGCGGGGAGCUGGCGAAGUUGCUGGAGGAGAAGGGAGUCCUAGUCAAGGAUCAUAAGGAGCCGGCCGAGGGGGAGAAGAAGGAGUAA